CUAGCUGCAGAUUUAUCCUCUUUUCUCCCAGUAACUUUAUUUAAAUUAGGUUGCGUUGCUGCUGCAGGUUGUGAGCUGCAUGUGAUUUCUAAUUUCUAAAAACUAUUCUGUUCAUGUCGUCAUCGUUCAGGAGAACCAUUGGUGCCGACAGUCAUGUCCAGAGUAAAAACAUACAGAAAAAGCUGAAUUUUGGCAGCUUUAUCUGCUACUUUUUAGUAUAAUGAAGCUGAAGAAGACAAUCUGUUGUUUUUUCACAUCUCUGCUACAUUAAGCGGUAUUGUUGAAUCAUUUGCACCUGUUAUUAUAAACUUCAAGUUUGGAGUGAAAUGCUAUUUGCUGCAUACCCACAGUUUAUUUCUGUUUUGUGCACAUAAGUGUCUUCAAGCAGUCAGUCUUAUGAGGUGAGGUGUUCAGUAUUGAAAACUGCAGAGAUGUUCAUGCCAGAAGUGUGACAGUAACUUUCUUCCUUCUGGACUUUAACUAGGUAGAUGUGGGCUGCUAUCAAACUCUCAAUUUACACUAAUAAUGUAAUUGAAGCUAAUGGCAUUUGGAGGGAAAUGGAGAGGUACGGUAAAUUGGGAAAUGAAGUUAUGACUUACAGCGGCUCAUGAACAAGCCUUGUGUUGUGUGAUACUUUGCCAGCACGUGAUAGUCACAAACACAAAAAUGUGUUGUUAAAAUUAGAAGGAAACUGGAGCAGUUUGAGGAAAACUCACAACCAACCAAUACAAAAUGCUAAAAACAAGAUUUACUCAAAGUGGAACAAAUUUACCCCCAAAAGCAGCAAAAUAACAGCAAUAAUCCUGAAAGGAGGCGAGAACAGGAGCCAGGCUGCAGAGAUUCUGGCCUCAAAGGUUUCCUCUUAUGAGAUUAGUUUGUUUUACAGUGAAAAGGACAGAAGAUCUCCAGCCUGCCAGAAGCUGGUUGGUCAGCUGCUGCUACUGUUGUAAUUCGGUUCACAUGAGCGCUCGGUUGGACCCAUUUCAGUCAGCACGAGCUGCAGUCCCAUGUCUGAAAUUAGCUUUUUCUUAGCAGGCUGUCCACCCCGCCCGCGCUCCCGCCUCCCAGACGCUUCCUUUUGUCUGGCUUUCUCCUCUUUCUGUUUCUUCUCAAACUUCAGGAAACUAAACCUGAGCCAGCAGGUUGAAGCUGACAUGACCUCAGAGAAGGAGAGCAAUGGACUCAACAACUAUGCCUUUGCGCUGGAAGGACGUUUCUGUGAUCUGCCAGAAAGAGGAGAAGAUCUGGACUCGUCUAUCGAUGAAGACACGAACAAACUGGCUUACUGCGUGACAGACGUCCCGCCCUGGUACCUCUCCAUCCUCUUAGGCACUCAGCACUGUUUGACUGCCUUUGGCGGCAUCAUCGCCAUCCCCCUCAUCCUGUCGCAGGGCCUGUGUCUGCAGCAUGACGGCCUCACUCAGAGCUACCUCAUCAGCACCAUCUUCUUCGUGUCUGGACUCUGCACCUUGCUGCAGGUCACCUUCGGCAUCAGGCUGCCCAUUCUUCAAGGCGGCACGUUCACGCUGCUGGCUCCCUCCAUGGCGAUGCUCUCCAUGCCAGAAUUUACGUGUCCUGCCUGGACCCAAAACGCCAGCUCAGUCAACACUUCGUCCACAGAGUUCAUAGAAGUGUGGCAGAGUCGGAUGAGAGCUCUGCAGGGCUCCAUCAUUGUGGGCUCCCUCUUCCAGGUGUUUGUUGGAUUUUCUGGCCUCAUCGGCCUCUUCAUGCGCUUCAUUGGACCCCUCACCAUUGCUCCCACUAUCGCUCUCAUUGGCCUGUCGCUGUUUGAUUCAGCUGGGAGCAGCGCUGGAAACCACUGGGGCAUCUCUUCAAUGACCACAGCCCUGAUCAUCCUGUUUUCACAGUACCUCCGUCACAUAGCCAUGCCCUUUCCUACAUACAGCAAGGAUAAAAAGCUUCACACUUCUCGAGUCUACAUCUUUCAGAUUCUCCCUGUCUUGUUGGGAAUCACAGUUUCUUGGCUCAUUUGUUACAUCUUGACGGCGUAUAAUGUUCUUCCUGCUGAACCAGGGCAGUACGGUUACCUCGCACGCACAGACCUAAAAGGGGAAGUAAUCAGCCAAGCUCCCUGGUUUACCUUCCCAUAUCCAGGGCAGUGGGGGAAGCCCACAGUGAGCCUGGCCGGCGUGGUGGGGAUCCUGGCCGGGGUGAUCUCCUCCAUGAUCGAGUCUGUUGGGGAUUAUCAUGCCUGCGCAAGAUUAUCUGGAGCGCCGCCACCACCGAGACACGCCAUCAACCGCGGCAUAGGCAUCGAGGGAAUCGGCUGCCUGCUGGCUGGAGCGUGGGGAACCGGAAAUGGAACCACCUCCUACAGCGAGAACGUCGGCGCGCUCGGUAUCACCAAGGUCGGGAGCCGCGUGGUCAUAGUGGCCAGCGGGUUGUUCAUGGUUGCCAUGGGGAUACUUGGUAAAAUGGGAGCUGUAUUUGCAACCAUCCCCUCUCCGGUGAUUGGAGGCAUGUUCAUGGUCAUGUUUGGUGUCAUCUGUGCAGCAGGAGUCUCUAAUUUGCAGUACGCAGACAUGAAUUCAUCCAGAAAUAUCUUCAUUUUUGGCUUCUCCAUGUUCUCUGGUUUGGUCAUUCCCAACUGGAUAUUAAAGAAUCCCAAAGCUAUUGCUACAGGUGUGGUAGAGUUCGACCAGAUGCUGCAGGUUCUUCUGACAACCAGCAUGUUUGUUGGCGGUUUCUUCGGCUUCGUGUUGGACAACACCGUCCCAGGAUCGAAGCAGGAGCGCGGCAUCCUGGCCUGGAACAAAGCUCAUGAAGACGAUUCGUGUGAAACUCUGGAGACCGGACAGGUUUACAACCUCCCAUUUGGCCUGUCCUCCUACCUGUCCUCGUUCUCCUGGCUGCGCUACGUCCCGUUCUGCCCGCCGGGCCUGUCCAGCUCCCUGGAUCCCAAGCAGCCGCUGGGAACUCCAGACCCGGGUCAGAUCAUGAUCGGAGUUGGGUUGUGAGCCGCGGUUCCACGUCACGGUGCCGUCAUUUGGGAUUUUCCAAACACACCACCAGAGGCAGCUCAGACUCUGUAACAUCUCAGAGACGGUGUACUGUAGCAACAGAGUUUGGAUCUUAUUACAUAACAAUUCAUCUUUCAUUUCACAUCAUGUUUAACUGCUACAUUGAAUUUUAGAUGAAAUCAAGUGGUGAAUUCUGAAAAGAAGGACAUGAAGAAGUAAAAACGUAAUCUCUGCCAUUUCUUAGAAAUAAAAAAGCGACUGCAGGGCUAAGAUACUUUGACUGG